AAAACAUCUAUAAAUACAGGAACCUUAAGCUCUACUUCCUCAUCCACUACUCAAGCAGAGUUCGUCAUAAUUUGGUUUGCUAAGGAAAUGGCCAUCUCAAAAAGUUCCCUUCUUUUUAGCUUUAAAUUAGCUAUUCUUCUUCUUAUUGCAUUUAAUGUCUCAGCUCAAACCGAGGAACAAGUGAAUACUGAUAAAGGAGGCAGCUCCGGCAUGGGAAGCGGAAAUGAAAUGAGUAACGGAGGCGGAUAUGGCAUGGGAUACGGAAAUAAAGGCGGAUACGGCAUGGGAAGCGGAUACGGAAAGGGAAAUGAAGGCGGAUACGGAAAUAAAGGAGGUUAUGGCAUGGGAGGUGGAUACGGAAAUAAAGGCGGAUACGGCAUGGGAGGCGGAUAUGAAAAGGGAAAUGAAGGCGGAUACGGAAAUAAAGGAGGUUAUGGCAUGGGAGGUGGAUACGGAAAUAAAGGCGGAUACGGCAUGGGAAGCGGAUACGGAAAGGGAAAUGAAGGCGGAUACGGAAAUAAAGGAGGUUAUGGCAUGGGAGGUGGAUACGGAAAGGGAAAUGAAGGCGGAUACGGAAAUAAGGGCGGGUACGGCAUGGGAGGUGGAUAUGGAAAAGGAAAUGAAGGCGGAUACGGAAAUAAGGGCGGAUACGGCAUGGGAGGUGGAUAUGGAAAGGGAAAUGAAGGCGGAUGCGGAAAUAAAGGCGGAUACGGCAUGGGAAAGGGAGGCGAUUACGGUAACGGUCAGUAAUUUGAAUAGACAAAACCAUUUCCGGUGGAAACUUUGUAGCAUGUUUUGAACCCAAAUAAAAACAAAGGGAAUGUAUAUAUAUGUAAUGUAUAGUUCAAUAAGGGUUUUUAGAGGCUUACAUGCCCUCCCAUGUGCAAGUUUCUUAUAGACGUUUGGUCACAAUGAUUGAGUUUGAUCAUUCUUGUUGUUGUACUUACGCUGGUUCCAUAUAUUAAUAUUAUUAAUAAACUUUGCCAUCUAAAUAAAUAA